AGCAGCAGUGUCACACCUGGGAGCAGCAGAGGGUAGUAGUGUGUGUGACGGUGACUCAGUGACAGGAGGAGGAGGAGGAGGCACCGGUGACACCUCGCACAUCACCGCCGCACACAGCAGGACACAGGACGCGGAGCAGCAGCAGCAGACGCCGGGGUACCCGCCACAUCCUCCCCGCCAGCAGCGCGAUCACCUCCCCCGGCAGCAGAGAUGCCUCUGGGGCUGCGGGGGAAGAAGAAGAAGUCCCGGGAGGUCUCCUCCCGGCUGGUGGAGAGUGAGGAGCUGGAGAACCGGGCGCCCAAGGCGGCUUCCAGUGCCAAUGGUGCGGCCGCCGGGCUGCCCCCUCCCCCGGUCACCCUGCGCCCCAAGCUCAUCUUCCAUACCCAGCUGGCCCACGGCAGCCCGACCGGCCGCAUAGAGGGCUUCACCAACGUCAAGGAACUGUACGGCAAGAUCGCAGAGGCCUUCCACAUCACCCCCGAGGAGAUCCUGUUUUGCACUUUGAAUACCCACAAAAUCGACAUGGACAAACUCCUGGGAGGGCAGAUUGGCCUGGAAGAUUUCAUCUUCGCUCAUGUGAAAGGUACAAAGAAAGAAGUGGAGGUAUUAAAGUCAGACGAUGCGUUGGGGCUGACCAUCACGGACAAUGGCGCUGGAAUUGCUUUUAUAAAGCGUAUUAAGGAAGACAGCAUCAUUGACAAAGUAAAAGUAAUAAACAUUGGAGACCACAUAGAAUCUAUUAACGGGAAGAGCAUUGUGGGGUCACGCCAUUAUGAGGUUGCCAAGAUGUUGAAAGAGUUGGAGAAAGGAAAGACGUUCACCUUAAAACUGAUGGAACCCUUAAAAGCUUUCGAAAUGAUUGAGCCAAGAUCAAGAGGUGGAAAAACGACAGAAGGUAAAAUUUCCACCGGACGAGAGACUCUGCGAUUACGAUCAAAAGGACCAGCCACCGUGGAAGAAAUGCCCACGGCUUUCGAGGAAAAGGCAAUUAAGAAAGUGGAUGACCUCCUGGAAACAUACAUGGGAAUCCGGGACAUUGAGCUGGCUGCGACGAUGGUGGAAGCCGGAAGGGACAAGAAUAAUCCGGAUGAGUUUGCGGUAGCCCUGGACGAAGCCCUCGGAGACUUUGCUUUCCCCGACGAGUUUGUCUUUGAUGUCUGGGGCGCGAUCGGAGACGCUAAACAAGGCCGCCUCUAACAUCCAACUCCCAACGUUUCCGGCCCAGCUCAAUCUCUGCUCAACAGAUGACUGAAGAUAAUUUUAUUAUAGCGUCCCGCCGGGAUAAACAAAGGGAAAUGCUAUAGAGUUGUAUAUAUGUCUAGAUGAAUGAACUCCGUAAAAGUGACUCUGUGCUGCGCAUAAAAUGUGUGGAAACGCCCAGAACUAGCAAUAUUGACGUAAAUGGUUCUUACGGGGUCAUCGCUCUGUUGUUUGUACUGGAUGUUUACACUGGGGCUGGGGCGUAGAGUUGAACGCGAAGUCCGAUUUGCGGAUGGAUCUUGCAUGAUUUAGCACAGCGAAUGCCCCCGAGCCGAGCGUAGGCGUCUACAGCCGGUGCAGAGUGACACGUAGCUCAGUCGCGUCGCCACGUGCCAGCGAAAGUGGUAAUGUAGGCACAGUUUAUUGAGGGAGAGCCGAGGGCUGGUAGGCCUCUUUGCCGGCUGCGCUGAGUUGUACAUACACGAAGAUCCGCUGUUUUCAGGCGCCUCUCACACACCAAACAUAGGGUGAUAGCAACAGGAACUCGUGUUCAACCCAACCUCAGCUCCAGUGGGCACAGAAUUUACCGAAGCAUCUGACUAACAGAACAGCGCGAGGGCGGGCGGGCUUCCCCUAAAAUCCCCCAACCGUCACUAGGCUACGUAACAUGGGCAAAUAAAAUAAUGAAUGACAAUGGGGGGUCAUUCUCGCUAGCAGUUUUUAGCAGCCGUGCAAACGCUAUGCCGUGCAGUUUUAGAGUAGCUCAAUACCUACUCAGCACUUGUAAUCACUUCAGACCAUUUAGUUCCGGAUUUGACGUCACAAACACGCCCUGCGUUUACCCAGCCACGCCUGCGCUUUACCUGGCACGCCUGCGUUUUUUCGAACACUCCCUGAAAACGGUCAGUUGAUACCCAGAAACGCCCAAUUCAUGUCAAUCACUCUGCGGCCAGCAGUGCAACUGAAAAGCUUCGCUAGACCUUGUGUGAAACUACAUCGUUCGUUGUAAUAGUACGUCGCGCGUGCGCAUUGCGCCGCAUGCGCAGAAGUGCCGUUUUUUUGCCUCAUCGCUGCACAGCGAACAAAUGCAGCUAGCGAUCAACUCGGAAUGACCCCCAGUGUCACAUUGUUGCAAUACAAACACUGAGAGAUCCGUUCGCGCCCCUUAUUUUGGGAGCCACCAGAGAGUAAUUACCAGACUUUGCUAAUACACGUCAAACAUGAACGCCCAAUUAGAACAGGGCGAUUACACCAUCUGGCAACUUUUGUUUUUUUGUUUCACUUUUUGUACAUACACUCUGUAAUGUUUACCAAAUUAUUUCUAGCUUCCGUCUGUGCUUUUCUGCCAUUUCUUUAUAGCAUCAGUUAAAAUUGUUUUUGUCCUGGGAUACAGCACAAAUCUUCAGGGCAGAGGGCGGAGUUACAGAGACAAUGAAACCUCUGCCUGAAGAUUAAGAUUAUUGUUUGUAAGUAAAGCAAAAAAAGCAAGCAACUAGGCAAAACCAUGUUGCACUGCAGGUGGGGCAGGUGUAACAUGUGCAGAGAGAGGUAGAUUUGGGUGGGGUGUGUGCAAACUGAAAUCUAAAUUGUAGUGUAAUAUUAACGUUGUCUAACAUUUGUUUAUUUCCUCCCCUGGCAUGGCGACAUGGUCUGUUCCAGACACAAGAGUUACUUGCUUUUUUUGCUUUACUUACAAACAUGACUCAGGCGUUUAGUUAAGGUUGCCGGAGGGCAUGUACAAGGCCGUACAUUAAAGUCAUCUGAAGGCGGAAGACGCAUUUUUCAUUCUUCACUUUUAUUUAAUGAGAGUUUGUUGUCAAUCUGUAAGCUAUGGAGCGGUAACAUUGCGCAGCUGCAAUUUAGUUUGCAUUGGACUUGUGAAAGCACGCUAAUAGUCUUGUGUACAGAGACGCCCACUUACGCCAUCUCACAUCCGCCGCUUCCACACACCUGACCACUGAGCAACCCUAUCCUGUCUCAGACUGAGCGACUCACCCAAGACGCCGGGGCCUCUCCAGAUGCAAAUUAUUUUGCAGUGGUGGACUAGGGAGCGCCCAGAAAACGUUCCCAACGCGCCUGCGUUGUUCUAGCCACCCCUGUUACCUCCCCCAGACGCUGACUACCCGUCGCUCGCUUUAUAAAUAAAUCCUCUGUACGUGUGCAAUCUCUAAUCGCUGCCAGUGCACAGUGCGGCUUUGGCGCAUACGCAGUGGCAAAAAUUAGCUUGAGAGCAUCUGACAUCGACAUUGCGUUUAUCUGUGACUCCGGCCCAGUGCAGGCAAUCCGGAAGCGUGCGAUAACCAUGACCAGCCUGUGCGCGCACAUGGCUACAAGAGAAAUUACCGCUGCUGGAUCUUAGAUAAGACAUUACCCCCCCCCCCUUUCCGGGUCACACGUCUCUCUGUCCUUUGUAGCAGCGAAGACAGGAGACAGGUGUAUGUUAUGGACGCAAUAAGCAGACCCCCUCACUGGUGUUACAGAGAUCACUGGAGUGACCCUUGUGGCCAGUGGUGGAACACGGCAUCCCCUGGCCCCAGAGCGAACUCCUCGGGGGAGCGCCACUGCACCGUGGCCCUCACUUCUGCUCUUCUGCGCAUGGGAUAAGGGGUGACACUGGCACACCGGUCUUUACUGCUGGGCAUGCGCGUCUACUGGGCGUUCUUGGCGCAUCAGUGUGGGGGAUGUGCAUAUUCCCUCUGAGGGCGGACCCAUAUCGCCGCCUUCUCCUCAACUCCGGGCCCCAUAGCUCCGCAACUGAUUAUGACUCAUGAAAAAAUGAUCAAACAUUUAAUAAUUACAUAGCAGAGAGACCAGAAUCGUCUGAUAUUUUAUCAUAGUAAAACAUGCACUGAAUUGAUAUUUUCCGUAUUCCGUGUCUAUAGAGGUUUAUCUUCACUUAGAACACGUCAGCAAUAUGAAAUACUCCGCAAUAAUUCCCAGUCAGGAAUCCUGUACUUGAAGGACAGACAUGUAAAAAUAUAUUUUUGUGUGUUGUGUAAAAUUGAAUUAUUGAGCAAUACAAUUAUUUUACCAGAGAAAUGUAUAGUUUUAUUUGAAUGUAUAGUGAUUUGCCUUUGUCUUCUGUCAGUGACUAAACAUCUUCCCAGACAGCGAUCCUCCAGCGACACUUACAGGCAUUGACGUGUAGUAAUAGUGCUGUGACGGAUACAUUAAAUGGGAUCAAAACUGACUAUUAUUCUUGAUACCUGGCCAAAAUAUAUAUUGUAGUAGGUUUUUGUGUCAGGAAGUGUUAAAAUGAAAUGUCUAAGGAAAAAUGAUGUCAUCAAAACAAUGUUUUGAGGAGGUGAAGCUGUGAGUCGCUGUGUGACACUCGGCUGCUUCCUCAUGCACACUGCAUACAAAAUGGCCGCCUCUGGUGGAGCUGACAACACUGCAACCUGUUGGGAGGAGCGGGAGGCAUGAAAGAGAAUGGAUCGCUCCCAAGCAUCAUUUUAGUCCUGAUUAAACACAUUGAUGCAGCCAUCAAAGGCUCCAACCCAUGGACGGUUCUCUAGGUAGACAUUCUGCUUCAAUGUUCUGAUAUACAAUUGCAGUUAGCGGACGCUUUUCUGGGGUUUUUUUUUACCUGGAUUUUAAUGUUUGCCUUGUGUUCCUUUGAAAUCAUGCAGACUUGUGUUCAUUUCAUCAUACGGAGCAGUUGAUGCUGGUGAAAGACAAAUGGUCCAAUUAAAACGUUGUAAUUAUAGUGCAGUGUAUAUGGCCCAUGAACUACUGUUCGGCCUGAUUCAGGGGUGCAGCCAAUUCAUGAAUGGGCUGAGAUUACUCACAGGGGUUCUCAAGUGCAAAUGCCAGUUUAAGCGUUCCCCUUGUGCACUUCCGUGCGAUGGAUUGAGAAAACGCUGCGACGCCCAGUUUUCUUAUCUGAUCAUUGCUCAAGUGCAUUGGGAGAUCUGGUCAUUCCACCAUCGACGCAAUAUCGAUGAGGAAAACAGAACUUAAGAUUGUCGCCCAUAGUUCCCCUCUUCUGCUGCCUGCUUAACAGGCAGCGGCGUUGAGAGGAUUGGGAAGGGGAGGGAGGCUUGCAUUCCUAGAAACGGGCGCAACUUGCCCCCAUUUUCUGGGAGGGGAGAGCCAAGGGUCUGCGUGUCACCGCUUCCUGGCCUUGCAGCACCCGCUUGGCCACCUGCCCAGGGUGAAGGUUACUCAGCUGGCCAUCUGCGAUGGUCGCGAUGUUGGAUCCCAGCUUGCAUCGUGCUGAGAUCGUAGGAGGUGUCUCUUCUACUGAGGCAUCUCCUGCACGCCCCCUCCUAGAGAUCAGACGGAAAUGCAAUGCUGCUUGCAUGUGGCAUUAAACUUCCGUCCAGCUCUGAAUCGGGUCCUGGACCACCCAUGGUUCGCAUAGGCCGUCUAAAUAGCAAUGUAGUACGCCAUUGCGCAGUAAGGGUUUCUUCUAGGCAGCGCAUGCGCAGUCACCAAUUAUCGCUCCUAAUGUGCGUCCAGCUCUGAAGCAGGAAUAAUACGCCUUACGUGUCUUUCCAACAGAAUGUACUCACCAUCAAUGUAGUUGUGUCACAGACGUGUUGAUUUGCACUGACAUGCUGUUUUAGGUGAUUGUUGUCUUUUGUACAAAGCAUUGAUUGUAAUAUCACCGUAUAUAUUUUUUGUGGGAAUAUGAUAAAAAAUAAUUAUAAAAAAAAUGAAUUGGUUGUCAUUGGAUUUUUAUCUCAAAUAUAGAAAAGAGUAACAUAAAUACAUUUCUCAUGUAUGAAUAAAUAAUUUUGUUUAUUAAUUAGA